GUGAAAAAGAAGACCGACGCUGGCAACAAUGCGCGCCUGCCGUUUGAGGACCUCACAUCUGAAUACAUGGGCAUGACCUUGUGGGCGUGGACACCUAAGCGCUGGUUUGACAACAUUAACGGCAGUGGCAAGGCUGCAGGAGCCAAGUCCGAGGCGACGGAAGUCCAAGCGGAAGACGCCCUCCCGCCGGAGCCGGCGGACCUCCAGAGUCGCUUCGAGAAGCAAAUCGCCCGCUGCGAGCAACGGAACCUUUCCAAAGUCCAGGAGAAAGACAAAGUCGAUAUCGGCGCCUUCCGCGCAUGGUUCGAAGUGAUGAAGAAGGCGGCCGAGGAAGUGCGAUCGCUUGCCAGCAUGGAGAUGAACAACACGCAGGCCGGUGAUGGCAUCGGAGUGCUCUUUGAAAAGAUGCCCUCGGCCGGAGGGCCGCGCGUGCUUCCGAAGGUCAAGGUGGGCGGCAUGAAGGAAAAAUCAAGUGAAAUCGCCUUUGGAGGAGGCGGCGGCAAGACUGCCAAGACCCCGUCCGCCGUCAUUUCUGUCCAUCUUGGUGGAGAGGGGUGCGAUGUCGGACUCCAGGCCUGGCAGAAGUACAUGUCGGAGCACCUGCUUGAUGGGUCUGGCCGACCAAAGGAAGGGAGCGUCUAUGGAUGCAGCACGCCUCUGUUCGCCGAGAGCACCACUGGAAGGUUCAUCCCGAGAGCAAUCUUGGCAGGGUAUGAUGGUGGGAAGCUGGAUACCAUCAGCCAGGCAGGCAUCUUCGCGCCAACCUCGAUCUUCGCAGGAAGCCGCCCUAGCGACAAUAGUUGGUCUGCCGGACAGAACGACUCGUCUUUCAUCGAAGAGAUCCACGAAGCCAUCCGUCGGCAGAUGGAGCAGGCCGACUACGUGGAGGGCCUGCUCUUCAACCACGGGGCGGGCGAGGACAUCUGCAUGGGCGGCGUCGCCGCUGCGCUUUACAGCAAAACCGCUGGGGAUUACUCCAAGCAGAUGAGGCAUUCGGUCACUUGCGUGCCAGACUUCACAGCUGAAGGUGAUCGGCUUGCGUGUACGAUGCUGUCUUCGCCGCUGAUUGAGUACCUGGACCUGGUGACCUUCUACGACAGGACGUCCCUUCAGAAAAUGGCGAGCUCCAAGGUCAAUGGUCUUGGACUCUUUUCUCCAGAUUACGCGGCCUGCACCGGCCUGGCGGCGCGACUGCUCAGCGGCAUCACGGGACCUCUUCGGUUUGGACGGGCCAUCAAUGCCGUGGAAGGAUCGCGCCUGGCGACCUGGUCGACUGAUGCAGUAAAUCUGUGCCCUUAUCCAAGAAUCCACUUCAUGAUGCCAUCCUUGGGUGGUGUCGUGGCCAAGGGAAUGGAAGACUUCAGCGUUCCUGGACAGGCAGGCGCAGAGCCAG